AAACGGGUUCAAGUUCUCCUGGACCUCAGAAGCAGCCGCGCUAGCUACGGUACACGCCCCUGACUGGCAUGGCAACAGGAGGUCUCGUCCCCAACGCUCCUGGAGGGGUUGGGGGUUCCACAGCAGAAGCAGCUGCUAAGCUGGAUGCUAAUGACAGGAAACGUUCUGGGGAUGACACAUUUGAGGGAGACGUAGAAAGGCGGGUGAGGCCCAAGGUGAAUUUGCCUCUGGGGUCUCCAGACCAGGGGCUGGAAGAAGCAGAUGGGGAGUCUCAGGAGGAGCUGGACACGCGGCUGAGGGCCCUCGUGGAAGUUGCUUCUCAGCGCAAGGGCGACAGCCCGCUUCCCGAGCCCCCCCGCAGCCUCUUCCAGGGCGCUCUCCCCAUCCCUUAUGGGUCAGCAGCCCCGCCUGCCCCGGCAUCUUUGAGUCAACCCACCCAAGAAGCGCUUGGGCUGGGCAGAACAGGGGAGUACGGGGGAGCUCAACCUGCAAGGGCCUCAGGAGGAGAUAACUUGGCCGACGGCUCCUGGUCAGGCCCCCCGGAUGGGCCGCACAGGCUGGCUGCUGCGGGCCAGCCUCUUCUUCCUCGGGAGCAUGUUUUACCGCAGCAGCUGCUUCACCCUGAGCUGCACUCAGAACAGCCGCACGCCCUUCGGGCGACAGACUCUCUGAGUGCAGAAGAAGGCGUCCCGAUGGAGCGCACAGAGCAGUUCGGCGAGGGGGAAGAUGGGGAGGGGGGCAUGCAGAUGGAGGAGGAGGCGGAGCACGGGUUUGGGCCCUCGCACGGGUUUGGGGCCCAUCCCGAGCAAAUGUAUGGGGAGUAUGCAGAGCACGGGCAGUAUGUGGUGCACCAGCAGUAUGCUACUGAGGAGGCGCAGCAGCUGGCAGAGCACGCAGGUUUUGGAGGGGGCCACAUGGAGCAGGAGGAGGACGAGGGCGCGCUGGCUGCGUUGGACCUGGUGGAGGUAGGUUUCCCGCGCAGCAGCGUGGAGGAGCUGCAGACGCUGCCGCAGCACGACCUCAUCACGCGUGUGCUCGACCUUGAGGAGCGCAUCUCUGCCGUCGUGCGCGAGAAGCAGCUCGAGGCCGCCGCGCGCCAGGAGGCCGAGGACAACGCCGCACGCUACGCAGAGGAGAGCCAGCAGCUGCGGCAGGUGGUGCGCGAGAAGAACGGCUACAAGAAGGGCGUGCUCCAGGAGAUGGCGGCCCUGGAAGCGCCCCCGCCGGGCCACGCGCAGAUUGCGGGCCGCUUCACCAUCACAAGGGAGAGUUCGCCAGGGGGGGGCCUGCGCUUGGAAAAGGGCAACAAGGGCAAGAGCAAAUCUCACUCCCCAGUCAAGGAGAAGUGGAAGGCUGAGUGGAAGAAGGCCGCUUCUCGUAGUCAGUACGUUCCUUCUGCCAGCCAGAUGGGAGGGGAGGAGUACGGGGAUGCGGGCGUAGAGGGGCUGAGGCAGCCUGAGAGAGUGAAGGGCAUCCGGAGCAGGAAGGUGGGGCCAGCGCAGGCAACACCCGCGAGCAAGCUGCUGGCGAUCCUGGGGGCGGAGCCUGAUACGGGGCCGCAAGAUGACGACGAGGACGAGGAUGACAACGACGACCGCAGCGACGAGGAGUAUGUGGCACCACCCUCCCCAGCGCCGCGGCCAAUUGCGCCUGCGGGCCCCUCCCCAGCACGCACGUCGCGCGCCGAGUCGACGGUGGGCCUGGAGGACCUGAGCGAGUUUCUGCGCACGUGCUGCCAGGCGAAGCAGACGGGCCACAUGACGCUGCACCGCGUGCUCUGGUACACCUACCUCGCGUGGCGCCAAAAGAUCGCCUCGCCGCGCCCCUCCGUCUCCAGCGGCGGCGUCGGCCUCAGCCAGUGCAUGCAGAAGCUCGGGCACCGGGAACGGCUGUUCACGCGCGAAAUUCAGGCCAAGAAGGCUGGGUGCAAGGGCUACGAGGGCGGCGGCAAGUACUGGAUGGGCCUGGUGGUGCUGGACAAGGCGCUGGUAAAGACGGGCCGCCAAUGGCUCGCUAAGGCCAAGCGCACGGGCGGCAGCAACCGGGUCACCUUCUCCCGGGACUCUGCCUCAAUAAAAGUCAAAGCCAGCGAGCCUGCCGACGAAGAGGACAAUGACGAAGAUGCUGCAGAAGUAUAGGCUAAUUGGCCUUUGCGUCGUCGGGGUUUAGUGGACAUGUCCGGUGGGACCCUAUCCUCAGUAAAGAGGAUGGGUGUAUAGUCGUAUCAGUGAUUGAAAAGGUGGGCUUGGCGGCUUGUUGGAGGGACGGCAGAAGAACGGCCGCGAGUUUUGCAGGCAUGAUGCGCUGCCGUUCCUCCAAUAGAGUCAGGAAGUCAAGGAUCGUUUUGCCCGUUGUUUUAGCAACGUAGUUUAGAAAACUAUAUCCUUUGCAAGGUCCUGACGAGAAGGGCCUUGAGACGAGGUUCCUUGUGGCCGAAGUCCCGUCUAGUUUGGUUCAAAGUUACCGUUGUCUCCAUAUUUGCUGCUUCGUCCCGUGUAAGGAGGCAUGAGGGCGCUUACAUAUCGAUGUUUCAGCUCUUGUGGUUCUCUGUGGAAGCGCUGCAGCCCUUGUAUGUUUUUUAAGGGAGGAAGAGGUACGAAGUUACAAUGCUCACUCGUCCAGAGCUUCCGUCGAGAACAAUUUGAGGCAGCUAGGUUAGCUGCAGUGACGCGACAAACAACGGGC